AGAUAGAGAAUCAAUCGUCAUAUGGCAUCCGAUCCUUAGUAGGCUACGUCCGUGUAGUUGAUACAGCUUCCUUCUGCCCUUUCCUCUCUUAGCAUUCACACACUUAACAAACAAAAUAGGAAACAACAAGGCCAGUCCAGAAGCCAUGGUCAAUCGAUGGAUAUCUCUUCAAUUGAACCAAGGUCUGCCCCUCCUACGAAACCGGAUCUGUGGCAACGCGCUUUUGAUGACCUUAGACCCGAAGACCAAGAACUUAUCAAGUCCGUAUCGAUGCCAUCGUGCAACAAAAAAAUCGAAUGCAACGGUGAGAAUAACAGUUCAGCUAUUGUGAGCCGUCUAAGGAUACUCAGUGAGUUAGUCGAAUCUGUGAAGAUCCAAUAUCAAACCGACCAAGAAAAUUCCAGGAUUAAAGAACCAGCCCAGAGAAUCGUCAAGGCUGUUCCUAAUUUCCAGUCCUUUAUCCAGAAAGCUGUGGCCAUCGACCCGACAGGACACGCAACUAGCGUCUGGGCGAUCGUAUCCCUGGGAUUUACUAAAGAGGCUUGGUUGGAGUCUUGCGCCUCCCUCACAAAUGUUAUUACCCGGUAUAGCCUCGUGGAGGACGAAUAUCGAAAGAACCCAACUACCGACGAACACGUUGAGACCGCUCUCGUCCAGGUAUACGCCGCAGUAUUAACGUUCGCAGCCCGGGCCCAGUCACUUUAUGAUCGCGGGCGUGCCGUCUGGAUCUGGAAGAGUGUGACGAGCUACGCCCGAAGUCUUGAUUUGAGCAUUGCCCGAAUCAAGACGAGCCGGUCCACUAUGAACCAACUGCCGAUUGAAUCUCUGCUCGUGACAAAGAGCAUACCUGGGGAUUCACUUACAGAACUCCGGAAGUCCAUUGCUGAAGCGGAAUUUCAUCUCCAGAAAUGGUUCCAGAUAGUGGACUGCUAUGAACAGAGAGAGAGGGUGAAUCGGCUCCUUGAAGUGGCAGACAACAUGCUGAGCUCAGCCAAUGAACCCCACGACAAGAUCGACCUUGCCGAGCUCAAGGUUGCAGAAGAGGCCCAUUAUAAUGCGUAUACCGGAGAAGAGGAUCAAGAACGUCUACCAGAGACUCGAACUGAACUACUUGAAGAUAUCAAAAGCUGGGCCACUGAUCCAGAUAGGCGACCUGUGUUCUGGCUGCAGGAGAUUACCACCUCUUCGGCAGCCAAUCAAGAGGCAAUUAGGACGUCUCGCGAUAAUGGAAGCAGGAAUCCACAGGAACAGUUUAACGAACUGCUUUUCGAGCCCCUCAAGAGCCUUAAUCUUGGCUUAAGGACUCCUUUAAUCCUGGCUGCCGUCAUCGAUGCCCUGGAUGAGUGCCAGGUACCAGGUGAUGUCACAGCCUUUCUCUCAAUUCUGCCGACAUUGAACGACUUGGAAGAAGUGCACCUACGAGUGUUAAUCACCAGAAGGCCAGAACCGCCUGUUACCAGGGGCUUCCGAUCAAUCUAUAAGGAUGAGAUCAUUCUCCACCAGAUUAAGAGGUCUACCAUUCAACAUGAUAUCUCAGUCUUUCUCUAG